AUGAAAAAAAAAAUACACGAAUUCAGCUGCAUAAAUUUGGAUGAAGAAAAAAGAGAAGAAAUAAAUGAUAUGCUAAAAAAUUUAAAAAAUGAAGAGAGAGAUUUGUGCUUUUCUCUGUUAGACUUUUACUUUCUCAAUAAGAAAUUUAAGUACCAACAUCUGCGGCAAAGUCUGGAGAUAAAUAACAAUGUCAAUGAGUACAUCAAUUUGAAGCUUCUGCGGAAGGAAAUUAUCCCCAAGGAUGCAUCCUUCAAGACGGAGCAAAAAAAUAGAGAAAUGCUUGUGCACAACAAGUUGAACAACCAAAUGGCGGAGGCUUUCCUGAAGGAGAGGAAUGACCUGAGGAAGGACAGCCAAAGCAGCAAGCGUGUUAGUAACCAUUGCUCCACAGAGGGUGUAAUCAAAACAGAAGCCGCUACCAUAGGGAACAUGGAUUUUCCACAUGACCUCCCCACCAUGUGGAGGACAAACGAUAUCAUAGGAACAUUUAACCCUGUGUAUAAUGCGCGAGAUCAAAUAAUGAAUGAUAAUUGUAUUGACUCGAUUCCCACGAUAGAUAUUUUUUACAACUCCUCAAAAUUGCUUACCAUACAAACCGUGUUUGAGCCAAUCAGUAAUUAUAUAUACCUGUUACGGCUGCUUCCCAAGUUCUGUCUACCGCUGUACGAUUCAGGAAUAUUGCAAUACGCAUGUGAAGACCCGAUUUUAAAUCCUAAAUUAAGAGGAUUAGAGAUAUCCUACAGAUUACUAGUGCAUGACAUUUUAUUUUAUGCCUUUUUUUCAUAUUUGUCAGAUUUGCCAUUUUGGGCCAAGCCACCGAUUGAACUUCUCCGAAUUUAUAAUUACGAAAGUUUAUACUCGUUUAAUGAUUACGAGUCGGAACACACAGAAAGGCUUGUCUUUCACAAUAUAAAAAACAUUUUGUACAAUUUUCCAGACACGCUAAAUAAAAUUGAAUUGUUGUAUCCAAAAAAUUAUUACAUCACAAUAUUUCCCAACAUUUAUUUUAAGAACAUCAUUGAGUUUUUAAAAAGUGAAAAAUUCAAGUUAAAAAAAAUUGUAGUUGUUUUGAAGGGGAAAAAUUUCAUUGAUGAAAAAAUGAUACACCACAUCAAAAGUAACCUUGAGAAUUUUAGAGGCAUGACAACGGAAAAUGUGAAAAAAGAAAUACACCACAAAUAUUUUCCCUCCAAUAAUGGAAGAAACAAAAAUGAAACAAUAAGAUACGACACCAAAAGUGUAAUAGAUGCCAUUAAAAGGUGUCAUAAUUAUGGUGAGGAUUUUUUCUCUCUUGCCAGGGGGGGAGUUGUACCCACCACAAAUGAGAGAACAAGAUGCACAUCAAACUGGAAGGAACGAAAGGACAUAUCAGCAGGGGGUGACCAAUUGGGAGUGGAAAAAAAUCAUCAAAGUGACAAACAUAACAGUGCGCUUGAGCCCAUUCGCAGCAACGGCGAAUCGAGUGGCACUUCCCCGGAUAGCACAUAUCCAAGUGAAAACAACAAUCACGCACAUAAUGAAAGCACAACAUGUAGUAAUUAUAUCAUGCGGGGGGAAAGGACACCAAUAAAUGGCCCCGGGGAAGGCAUCUCCAGUGGGCCGGAGGAGUCAAGGGACACCCCCAACAGUGGCGACAACAGCAUCCGCAGCAGUGGAAGCAGUUGGAAGAACUUCCCCUUUGAGGACAUCAACAUAAACGACAAAGCAGAUCAGCAAAGGAGCCAUGUUGAUCAAUAUGAUGGCAACCAAAAUGGAGAACAAUGCGAACGCUUAAGCGCUAGCGAACAAGAUAGCGUUGAAGAUAACUCCUUUAGGAAAAAAAACCAAAUCGAUAUGUCCGACAAGUACAAUAUAGAUAAGUCCGUGUACAAUAUGUACUACCAGCAGGAGAACAGCGGACAGGAGGAACAUGGCUCCAUGUUGGAGAAAACAAGAUCCCAAAAUAGGCAGUGUAGCAACUCGUCCGAAUCGUCAUGCAGUGAAGAUGACGAAACGGACGAUGAAAACAUUGAUGGGUUUUUUAAAACAAAAAAAUUAAAAAGUACAGUGUAUGAUAAGGACAACUUUUCGUUUUCCAAAUUUAUGAACAAAAUUAUAAAUUACGAAAAGAUCAUUGACUACCUGAACAACGACCCGCAACGCCAGGAAAGCGAAGACUCGAAGAUCAAGUUUUAUAUUAAAUUGUUGCUGUUCGAGAAAGCUAAUUCGCCAUAUGAUGCGAAUGGAUGGACAAAUGUCAGUGAUGAAGAAGAUCAGGUUAGAAGCACUACGUUUGUGUCGGACAAUGGGCAUAGCGACGGAUCACCACCCCUGGGGGAGGAUUCCUCCAUUCGUACCAAUGUUACAGUGUCACCUACGGAUGACGAUGAUAAUCUCUCGGGGGCGCACCAACGGACGCAAAGAGACGGGGUCACCUCGUCUAGCGCUACCCUCUGUUCCUCUGUCCCGGAAGGUACUACCAUGGGAGGAAAUAAUAACAACGCUGCGGAGAGCACUCAGGCCUCCCUAUCCCUAAACAACCAAAACGUGAACGAAACACGCACACAGGAAGGGGAAGCAGUUUUGAACAUAACUGAGGAUGACCAUGUGGAAAUUUCAUCGGAUUAUAUCAGUAAUCUUAUACGGAAUUUACGCGAAACUUACGGAGCCACUAAUUUCUUAUCCUUCAGCAGCAACGAAGGGGACGCCCACAACGGUACCUUUAAUUUAGACGAUGUGCAGGAUUCGCAAACAAGGUUGACCUUUAACUUUAAUUAG